UAAAUUAUUGCCCUUCUUUCUGGGAUCAAAUGUUUUCCAUAUCUCUGUAGAGGUUUUUUUUUUUUUGGUGAUAUUCUGUUGUACUGUACUUGUUGCACAGUCGACUUCUUUGAAGACGAACACAAAUCCAAACAUCCCAAGGCGUUUUAGGCCAAUGGGGCCGUUUGAGAAGACCAAAAAUCUUCAGCGGCAGAAAGCUGCUUUUGUGAGCUUCAUCUUCGCUGACCUCUGUUCUGCCUUGUCGAGCCUCUGCUCAAGGUCGGUGACAAUCUGAGCUCAUGGUUUUAGGACGGAUUCAGUGACUUUUUCUAUGUUCGGACUUACUUUUUUCUCUGCUUACUGAUAUCUAUUUUUUUUCCUCUGUUUCCUGUCUUUCUUGAUUUUUGAGCUCCUACAAGUUGACUCAUAUCACUCUCUCAUCAGCUUCUUAUCAGUUACAUUCUUUUUGGGUUUAAAGGGAUUCGGUUUUGGGUCAUUAAUGGCUGGUUUUCUUCUUAAUUCUUUCGCUGUAUCGCGUUUUUCUUUUUCAAUUUUAAUUUUAACCCAGUAGAUCAAGAAUGUCGUUUUCAUGUUUAUCCGAAUUCCUCAUCGAAAUUUAGAAAAUUUUAGUGGGUUUUCAAAGUAUCAAGUUUAAUCAGCAGAAAAUCUCGGGGGUAUACUUUUGAUUAAGUUGUUGACUCUAAUUUUAUCUUCUGCAACUAUCCUCUCGUCCCCUCCAAGGUAUGCUUAGAAUCUGAAAGCUAUUCUCGCCCUUUUGUAUUCUGUUUUCCGGCAUUCUCUCCACAAUUCCGGCUCUGGGUCUCCGAAAAAACUUCGAUUCUGAAGAUUGAUCAGAAAAAUUGUUGGUCUUGCAUUUUGCCCGCCAGCGGGUUAGUUUAAGCUAGCGGCGUGGUGUUGUGUAAUUCUAUUCACGGAGCGACAGUCAGAGGAGGUUCGUACAGGUUAACGAGCUUUGGCGCGCGUGAGCCUGGUGAAUUUUGCGGCAAUUCAAUUCUUCUAACGCGCUCUACUUCAUUUCCGUAUUCACUCUAAUGGGUUGCGUUCAUUCGAGGGUUUGUUUUGGCGAGGCUACAACUCCAAGAUCUUCAAGAAUUGCCGACACCCAAAAUGCCAAUACCGCCGUUGAAAUCGACGCGAUCUCUACUUCAUCUUCUGAUAGCCAAGAAGAUGAAAUCCGCAACCAACUGAAUUCAAACAACAGAGAUUCAGAAGUUGGAAUAACGAGGCUGUCGAGAAUUUCAGCGCAGUUCCUGCCUGCUGAUGGGUCUCGCACCGUCAAAGUCCCUUCUGGAAACUUCGAAUUGCGAUAUUCGUUUCUUUCGCAAAGAGGGUACUAUCCCGAUGCUCUCGAUAAGGCGAAUCAAGACAGUUUUUGCAUCCACACCCCAUUUGGGAACAACCCAGAUGACCAUUUCUUUGGAGUUUUCGACGGGCAUGGGGAAUUCGGAACACAGUGCUCGCAGUUUGUAAAACGAAAGCUCUGUGAAAAUUUACUUAGAAAUAGUAGGUUCCACAGUGACGCAGUUGAGGCUUGCCAUGCGGCCUAUUUGACGACUAAUUCACAAUUACACGCAGAUAUGUUGGAUGAUAGCAUGAGUGGUACUACUGCUAUUACUGUUUUAGUUAGAGGUACGACUAUAUAUGUUUCUAAUUCAGGUGAUUCGAGAGCGGUUUUAGCCGAGCGGAGAGGAAAGGAAAUUGUGGCUGUUGACCUCUCCAUCGAUCAAACCCCGUUCCGAACCGAUGAACUUGAACGUGUUAAGCUUUAUGGUGCCAGAGUUCUUACACUUGAUCAGAUUGAGGGGCUGAAGAACCCUGAUGUUCGGUGCUGGGGUACUGAAGAAGGAGAUGAUGGUGAUCCUCCUAGGCUAUGGGUGCCUAAUGGGAUGUACCCUGGCACUGCUUUUACAAGAAGUAUAGGUGACUCAAUUGCUGAGACUAUUGGAGUAGUUGCUACACCGGAAAUUGUUGUUCUAGAGCUGACACCGGAUAAUCCUUUCUUUGUCGUUGCUAGUGAUGGGGUUUUCGAGUUUCUUUCAAGCCAAACUGUGGUCGACAUGGUUGCUAAACAUAAAGAUCCUCGUGAUGCUUGUGCUGCGAUUGUGGCCGAGUCUUACAGACUUUGGCUUCAAUAUGAGACUCGAACUGAUGAUAUCACUGUUAUCGUGGUGCACGUUAAUGGGCUAACCAAUACGGUUACUAGUGAAUCGACAAGAUCCAGUGGAGGUGGUUUUGUUCGAUCCACUGUUCCUCAAGUUUUGGAGGUGACAGGAUCAGAAUCUCCCUCUACCUUUGGCUGGAAUCGAAACAACCGUGCAAGGCAAGAUUUGUCACGGGCGCGUCUCAGGGCUAUCGAAAGUUCCCUAGAGAAUGGGCGGGUCUGGGCGCCUCCAUCUCCAGCUCACAGGAAGACAUGGGAAGAAGAAGCACAUAUUGAACGAGCAUUACACGAUCAUUUCCUCUUCAGAAAAUUAACCGAUUCUCAGUGCCAAGUUUUAUUAGAUUGCAUGCAAAGAGUCGAGGUCAUACCGGGGCAAAUUGUAGUCGAACAAGGUGGCGAAGGUGACUGUUUUUAUGUAGUUGGAAGCGGAGAGUUUGAGGUCUUGGCAACCCAGGAAGAAAGCCAUGGAGAGGUUCCUCGAAUUCUGCAACACUAUACAGCUGAGAAGCUAUCUUCCUUUGGCGAACUGGCUUUGAUGUAUAACAAACCACUUCAAGCCUCCGUACGUGCUGUGACUAGUGGCACACUUUGGGCUUUGAAAAGAGAGGACUUUCGUGGAAUUCUUAUAUCAGAAUUUUCGAACUUGUCGUCCCUGAAAUUGCUUCGAUCUGUGGACCUUCUGUCGAGGUUAACGAUCUUGCAAUUGAGCCACAUUGCAGAUUGCCUUUCUGAAGUUACCUUCUCAGAUGGGCAGUUGAUAGUUGAUGGGAACGAAGGUUUACGUGCACUUCACAUUAUUCAUAAGGGCCAAGUGAGGAUUACUUUUGAUGCAGAGUUAAUGAGCAAUUCAAAUAUUUACGGGGACGAAGUUGCACAGAAUGGUAAAGAGAUCUCAGUUAUUAAGAAAGAGGGAAGUUAUUUUGGGGAAUGGGCACUUCUUGGUGAGCAUAUUGGCUUCUUACGCGCAGUUGCUGUGGGAGAUGUCGUAUGCGCUAUUUUAACGAAGGAAAAGUUUGAAUCAGUUGUUGGUCCUUUACCAAAGCUCUCUCAAGAUGACCAAAAGGAACAUUCUUCAGACUCCCUCCAUCACUCUGCUAAAAUUAUGGAUAUUUCAGCUCUUUCAAAAGUUGAGCUUGCUGAUCUGGAGUGGAAAACGUGUUUAUAUUCCACAGAAGACAGUGAGAUCGGGCUAGUUCGGUUAAGGAACACAGAAAGUAUGCUUAGUUUAAAAAGAUUUACAAGACAGAAGGUCAAAAGGCUGGGACUUGAAGAACAAAUGUUGAAGGAGAAAAAUCUUAUGAAAACCGUCAGUUCUUCAGCUUGUGUGCCUCAACUCCUCUGCACUUGUUCAGAUCAAUCACAUGCUGGCAUAUUGCUGAAAACAUGCCUUGCUUGUCCUUUCUCUUCGAUACUCCACGUUCCACUCGACGAGUCUUCUGCCCGUUUCUAUGCAGCCUCUCUUGUUAUAGCACUGGAAGAUUUGCACAAGCUUGGUGUUCUCUACAGAGGAAUCUACCCCGAUGUUCUAAUGCUGGACCAAAAUGGACGGAUACAGUUAGUCGACUUCCGAUUCGGGAAAAGAACGUUGGGUGAGAGAACGUAUACUAUGUCGGGGAGGGAAGAGUUUUUAGCGCCUGAGAUAGUUCAGGGCAAUGGCCAUGGUUUUGCUGCUGACUGGUGGGCGUUGGGAGUCUUAAUCUAUUUCAUGCUGAAAGGUGAAACGCCAUUUGGAUCGUGUCGACAAAGCGAGCUCGAUAUUUCUUGUCUUCCCGAGAUUAUCAGUCCUGAAGCCACCGAUCUCAUCGUCAAGUUACUUGAAGUUGAUGAGAAGAAACGACUUGGCAACGAGAACGAAUACUCGGUUAGAAGUCAUCCCUGGUUUGAUGGUGUCGAUUGGAAGGGGAUCCGUGACAGUACCUUUCCCGUUCCUGACUCGAUCACUUCUCGUGUGGCUCAAUAUUUGGCGAGCUACCCUGAAGAUUCCUGUGGUUCUUUAGUCGAACCACCUGAAGAUCCCGACGAGUCGGAUGCCCCCAAGUGGAUCAGCGAGUGGUAGAAGUAGAAGUCGGACAAACUCUCCAUGAAGAUGUAUGCAGGUUGAUUAAUUGCCAUUGCAAGUAAAUUGCAUCAUAUUGAAUAGAUGUUAUUCUUCCCAACCUGUGUGUUGAAAUUUGAUGAGUUGUGAAUAGAGAGUAGGUUGGUAAAUAUAUAUAUGUAAAUGGAGGAGAGUUCAUCAUUUUUGCUCCACAUUCAAAUCAUUACUAGUCUUCUCUUGGAAA